AUGGGCCUCUUCGAUUUCCUCAAGUCCUCUAAACAGGAGAAUACGCAGGAUGCUACAUGGGAUGCAAACACCCUGACUAUGCAGCAACCCUCUCGUCCUGCUGCGCCGACAGCAGAGCGAGUUGUCACCGAACAGCCUAGCUCACAGGACAAUAUGAAACUGCGUGGUGGUGGUGAAGGUGGUGAGGUUUGCUGUGGAGUGUGUACCGGUCUUCUCUGUUUUGCAUGCUGUGAAGAAUGCUGCUAG